CUCUUAGCGUAGCUUGCGUUUCAUCGCGAAUGUUAUGUAAUCGCCGGGAGAGGAGAGGACUAAUGGGAUUUCGCGAAAUCAGUGGCGUGUUACUGUGUAGCAGCAGCGAGAGCAACAGCAGGAGCGAAACCCAGGCUGGAAGAGAGAGAGAGAGAAAAAAGAGAAAGAGAGAGAGGCUGCUCGGGUUUCACGCGGCUUUUUCGGGGGCUUGUUUUAUUGGGUCAAACGCGUGAGAAAUUGAAGCGGCGGCGGCGGCGGGGUCACGUUCAGGCACGGGGAAGAAAACAGCACGCUUGGCAGUAAUUAAGAGGAGAGCGCGGUGGGAUGUGGCCCAGACUCUCAUCCAGCAUCACCCGCGAGACCCCCUGAAGAGGAACGAGAAGGAAGGACGCGACGUUUUGGGAGAAACGAAUGAGGGGACGGGACGGCAAAAGCGAAACCCCGCUCACGUUAAUGGAAACAAUGGAAUAAAUGGGAAAGCAGCAUGGACGUGGAAUAAAGGAUAUCUCAGAGGCAGGGCAAGGGCUUUGGAUGUUCUGCCAACUCUGAAAUCUGCCUCCUGUGGAUGUGGUGCUGAUAAUGCUCUAACCCAAUGCUCAGCAGAGAUAUGGUGCGGAAAAAGAAUCCCCCUUUGAGAAGCUUCGGCGGCGAGGAAGACGAGGGCGAAGCGGCGACGGUAGCGGAGGCUGCGGGUCCGGAGAGCGGCGAGGCAGCGGGCAGCGAGGCGUCCGUCCCGGAGGAACACUCGGAGCCAGGCUCCCCGAGUUCGGUCAAACCGGACACUCCUGGUUUUCAUUAUCAGCAAGCGGAAAACUCCAGCGCUCACUGCUCACCGACCCGAUCGGACCUCGGCCAAUGUCCUGAUGGAGAGGGUGAAGCCGUGAAGGGUGGAGUGGAGACUCGGAGACAUUCGUCAUUGCGCAGGGGGCCAGAGGCGUGCGUCAUCGUGCAAAGCUGCGCCAGCAAUGGUGAGGAAAGGGAGCCUACCCACAGUCCCCUGGUGCAAACCGGUUCCGAGAGCCUUCACAUAGAGGGGGACGAUGGGUCCGAGCUCCCUCGCCUCCCCUUACAUACGCUCCAGGCGCACAGGCCUAGCGACGAGACCCCUAGCCCUCCUAGAACCGAGAGCGGGGCUCCGCCGCAUUCCGCUUCCUCCUCGUCCUCCUCCUCUCCCAAGCUACAGGACUUUAAGUGCAACAUCUGCGGGUACGGCUACUACGGCAACGACCCGGCCGACCUCAUCAAGCACUUCCGCAAGUACCACCUGGGCUUGCACAACCGCACGCGGCACGACGCCGAGCUCGACAGCAGGAUCCUCGCUCUGCACAAUAUGCCGCAGUUUCAAAGUCAAAGCCAGGGCAAGGACGGCGGCAGGAACCAAGGCAGCACCGCGGACCCGGGCUCUCCCAGAGCCUCGCUACUCAACGGCACCUACGACGUUCAGGUGACGUUAGCGGGCACCUUCAUAGGCAUUGGCAGGAAGACACCGGACUGUCAGGGUAACACCAAGUAUUUCCGCUGCAAGUUCUGCAACUUCACCUACAUGGGUAGCUCGUCGGUGGAGCUCGAGCAGCACUUCCUGGCCGCCCACCCGAACAAGAUGAAGAACCCUCCUCUGGGUAUCACGAGCGGCGAAGACAAGGCCAUGGAGGCGAAAGGGAACUGCGCGCCAUGGUCAGGAGUUGAGGAGUCAGGCACUUGGGCAGAGCGGGUGGCCGUCAGAGCGGAGGACGACUCGGUGGCGGGGUACUCUGUGCCGAUCCGGCCCGUGGGUGCUGACGCGCCAGCGGCGUAUUACUGGUGCAAGUACUGCAGCUUCAGUUGCGAGUCGUCCGGCUCCUCUAGACUGCUGGAGCACUACGAGAAGCGGCACUGCCAGGCUGCGGGAUUAGACAGCAGUCCAGGAGAGAGGGAACGAAAAUCCAGAGAGGGAGCAGAUCUAAACACAAAGAGGAAGGAAAAUCAGAGCGGCAAAGCGGGCGCAGGUGCCGACUCUGAGACGGUGGUGACCAGUUACAACUGCCAGUUUUGCGACUUCCGCUACUCCAUGAACCACGGGCCUGACGUGAUUGUGGUGGCUCCACUGCUGCGGCACUACCAGAGGGCGCACAGCAUCCAUAAGUGCGCGAUCAAGCAUUGCCCGCUGUGCCCACGUGGCCUCUGCAGCCCCGACAAGCACCUGGGCGACGUGUCGUACCCGUUUGCGUGUCGCAGGAGCUCGUGCCCGCACUGCGCUAUGCUCCUGCUCCAACUAACGCCCAUCAGUGGCGCCGCGCCGACACCCAGGGCCUCUGUCACCCACCAGUGUGAUCAGUGCACCUUCUCCUCCACCGACGUGGACCUGCUGCUGCUGCACUACGACAGCGCCCACGCUCCUCGCGCCCUGCUGGAAGCCAAGCCCGAAGACGAGGCGACGAGCGAGGGAGGCGGCCGCGGCCAGCACGGAGAGUACGCCUGCACCAAGUGCAACUUCUACACCGAGGUGGAGGAGGAAAUUUUCCGUCACUACAGGAGGGUUCACGGCUGUUGUCGGUGCCGCCACUGCAGCUUUACGGCAGCCGACACCACGUCCCUGCUCGACCACUUCAACUCGGUCCACUGCCAGGACUCCAGCGAUCCAGGCUCUGCCCCUGCUAACGGCUGCUCUGCCCCCUCAACUCUCCGCAUUAAAGAAGAGAGUAAAAGCGACCUGAAGCUCUACAGCCUGGUUCCCCCAGAGGCCCGACCAGCCGAGGCGGUCAAGACCGAAGCCCCUGAUGAGAAAGAGCGAGAUAAAUCCUGGCCUGAGGCCCGAGGGACAGAGCAGCAAAUCCAGGGCAUGCUCUGGGUACCCAAGGAGCGAGUGGGAGAAGUGCUAAGAGGAAGCCCUGCACCGUUCCCUCACGCUACACUAGGCUUGUUGAGUUCCACCCCAGUCCCACAGGAGCAGCAGCAGAAAGGGGUGGCUGUACUCAGAGACUCACCGGGCCUGGUGUUCAGCCUAGGUGCAGAUACUAAGGGCUACCUACAGGGGAUGCCAGCGGGCACAGCAGCCGAGAAGCCAGGGCAGCAGUACCCCAGCUCAACAGAGGGCAAGAAUGCCAAGGAAGAGUCACAAUCGCUCCUGCGGAGACGGCGGGGAUCAGGGGUCUUCUGUGCCAACUGUCUGACCACCAAGACUUCACUGUGGAGGAAAAAUGCCAACGGAGGCUAUGUGUGCAACGCGUGUGGCCUCUAUCAGAAGCUCCACUCGACUCCCAGGCCUUUGAACAUCAUCAAGCAGAACAACGGCGAGCAGAUCAUCCGCCGGCGCACACGGAAACGCCUGAACCCUGACAGCGUGGCAUCAGAGCAGGCAAGCUCCAAGCAGCAGCGCGUCAGCUCUGAGGAUCGGCUCAACGGCAGCCCAUUGGAGCGCAGGUCUGAUGAGCGCAGGUCUGACGAGCCUGGAGCUGAGCCCCACGCCCAGCCGGGCAAGGGCCAGCCGAGCCCACGCUCCACCCACGCCUUCCUACUUAGUCAGACGCUGGAGAUCCACAAGCGCAUGCCACCUCUACAUGCUCACAAGAGCCCUGGUGACAGCACAGGGCCAGAGGGCAACGGGCCAAGUAUGGGCACGCAGGCCACUUCUGAAAGGGGCAGUCCCAUAGAGAAAUACCUACGUCCAUCAAAGCAGGCCAGCUACUCACCACCAGGCAGCCCCAUCGAGAAGUACCAGUACCCUGUCUUCAGUCUACCGAUUGUCCACAGCGAGCUCCAGAACGAGGCCGACUGGCUUCGCUUUUGGACCAAAUACAAGAUGGCCGUGCCAGGAAACCCAGGCCAUUACCUUGGCCUACCCAACCCGUGCCAAAGCUUUGUGCCUUACCCCACCUUCAGCCUGCCCCCUCACUUCCCACCACCUCCGCCUUCUGGACCCGAGAGCGACACGCCUCUUGACCUGGCCAUCAAGCAUCAUUCCAAACCCAGUUCCCUGCCCAACGGUGCCGCCAUGCCCAAGGAAAAGGUCCCGUUGGAAAAACGGGCAUCUCCGUUAGCAAACAGAGACAGUGAGGCCAAAGAGGACGAUGGCGCCGUCCAACAGCCCAUCAAAUCAGAAAGGAUUGAUCAGGGCACCCAGGACGAGCUGUGCAGCAAAUGUGCUCACUGUGGCAUCGUGUUUCUAGAUGAAGUUAUGUAUGCCCUACAUAUGAGCUGCCAUGGCGAUGGCGGACCCUUCCAGUGCAGCAUCUGCCUACAUGCCUGCGCUGAUAAGUAUGACUUCACCACCCACAUCCAACGAGGGCUUCACCGCCCUGCCCCUGACCCAAAUGUUAAGGUUGUGGAUGAAUGAAGCACAUUUAGAGCAUUAUGGAAGGAAGCUAAUAAGAGACUCAGCAGAAGAGAAAAAAAACAUUGUACGCUUGAAUGUGUAUCAAUUUUCUUUUCUUUUUUUUUUUUUAUAAAAUUGUGCCAAGAUGCCUCCUGGCACCUCAGCAACCAAUUUAAGGGCCAUCGAUGGACAGCAUUUCUACUCAGACUCAUGGUGACAGACUCUUGGCUGUUUUUUUUUUUUUGUUUUUUUUUAAAGAAAUGCCUUUAAGAAAAAUGGUACAAGUAGGUUAUAAAUUUAGAUUUUUUUUCUUUUAUAUUUCUUUUAACCCAGACUCUUCAUUUUGACAAAACAGUUCAGUAAGCUGGGUAAAACUACUCAAACUGAAUUCUGUUUAUUGUAUCAGGGCUGUUCCCAGCCUCCUGGAAAGUUCUCUCACCUGGUUUUGAACAUAGUGGGGAUGUGGGACUCUGUGUGGCAAAAAAAAAAAAAAAAAAAACAAUGUGCAAACAUGCCAGUCCUUUGUCACUAUGGCAACACCAUAAGUGAGUUUCAUCCUCAAAACAAACAUCCUCAGGGAAUGUAUAUGGUUGAAAUGAAUGAUACAUUAGUUUAGGCCUUUCUCUUUCUCUGGUUAACAAUAUACUAAAUAUCUUACGGUUUAAUGUUGCUUUUCAUAAUGUAUAUUUUCCCUGCUCGAGAAGUAGUCUUGGAUUUACUGUUGUUACAUAAUUCCAUCGAGACAUGUUAGCUGCUGCCUUGGUUGCUGAGAUUGUAACCGGUCACUCCAGAAAUUUGGGAAGGAAUUAAAAAAAUAAUAAAAAUACAAACAAACAAAAAAAAAAAAAAGAUAUUUUUUCUAAGAUGAUAAUAGGAAUAAUCAUAUUACCAGUGCCUAAUAAAGUAUUUUCUACCUGAUAUGUUGAUAUGCAACAUUGAACUUGCAUCUGAAUAAGGGCCUUGAGCUUGGCUCUGAAAAAGUUUACAUUUGCAAAUGUAGCAAACAAGGUAAUGAAGCAAACACCUGCUAUUUUUUUUUUAUUAUUUUACAUAAAAUGGAAAGAUACGAUCAUCCAUACUUUUUUUUUCUUCAUAUUUUUACUUUUUUUUUUUUUUUUUUAAACGGUGGACAUUAAGCAAAAGUUUAUGUUUAGCCACCAAAGGCACUAUCCAUUCCAAGCGUAGUCCUUUAUGACUUUGUUCAUCCAUCUUAUUUGUGUUUUUAUGCUUUAUAGUUAAGUAGCUUGUUCUAAUGGACUUGCAUUUCCUUGUAUUUGUCUAUCGGCAUUGAACAAGGGAAGCUAAUAAAACUCAAAAGGCUUUAUGUGCUAAUUUUGGUGUCUUAGAGCUUUGGAGGAAAAGCACCUCACCCCUUUACCGCCCUCUUACUCCACAACCUGCCUGGUCUUUUUUUUUUUUUUUUUUUUUUUUUUAAACCAGCAUGGAUUUGUCUAUAAUCCAUUUCUAUUUGGAGCGUCAGCGUUGUGUUCUGAUCGUUCAUAGGAAACGGACAUGAAAAUCAUUGUUAAUGUUUAGUAACUGCAGGUGUUUUCGGUGCCUUCUGAUGAACCUUUUCGUAGAGAGGUAUAACACUGAUCUGCUGUUUUUUUUUGUUUGUUUGUUUUUUCUCAUCAAAACUACACUUUAAAUCGUAACUCCCUUCACGAAUCCGCAUCGCUUCUCCUAUGGAAUAAAUAACUAAGAACUGUGGCUUAUUAUUAAAUGAUUUGCCCUAAAAGUUUCUUGAUUAUGCAUUUUUUUUUUUUAAAUCUCCAACGCUCAACAACUUUAAUUUAUUAGGAGAGCACGCAUCUCACUUUUCCACUUGUUAACGGAGUUCAUUCUUACACUCUUUUGUUUGGUGUAACACCGGUCAUCACGUCAGCCCUUGUGUUUGCGCUCUGUUGUGUUUCACUGUAUGUUUCUCAUACCCGUAGUCCCUUUUAUCAGCCACGGACUCGGCAAGCUGGGUCUCGUCUGGCUGCACACGGACAUUAUUUAUAUGAAAUGGGGAUGAGAAAGAGAGAGACGCCCUGAAUGUCUCGAGGACGUCUCUACGUUUCACAGAUCCUUACAUAUAUAGCCUUACGAUGCUGCUUAACUGCAAACGCCUCUUGGAAUUUAUUAAAAAAAAAUAAAAAAAGUGUCGCUUUUUGUUGGAGCAUUUAUACAGUUGGGUAUUACAAAGAUCUUUUUUUCUGCAAAACUUUCAAUUUGUAAUGUUAAUGCUUGCACUUCAGUUAUACUUUUUUUUUGGGCCAAGGAAGAAAUGUGUUUUAUUAGCAUGCUAUUACUAUGAACAGGUACUGCAUUGUAAUAAGCAAACAAGAUUGUGCCUUUUUUUUUUUUUUUUUUGAAGGCCUUGUAUAAGGCUUUACCAACAUUGAAACACACAGGAGUAUUUGUUUAUGCCUGGAAGCCUGUUUGGCCCUCGUCAAGGCAGAAGGCAAGACUAUGUAAAUGUUUUAACUGUUAUUUUUAGAACAUUAUUGUUUUUACACUUUUGCUGCAUUUAAAGUGCAUAGAUGAUGGUCUAGAAUUUCUUUUUGUUUUGUUUUUUUCCUUCAACUGCCACCUUAACAUUUUUUGUGUUGUAGGUUUUACAUGCAAAAUGAUUCAAAAAAGAUGGCAAAGAUGUCUGUUACAUCUAAACUUGAAUAAUGAUGCUGAUAAUAAUAUUGAUAAUAAUAAUAAUAAUAAUAAUGAGAAUAAUAAUAAUUAAUAAA